AUGGAGACGGUGAAUGAGCAGGCUCGGCAGGACCUGUCCAAGAUGAGCAGGGAAGACCAGACCCUCCUCCUCUUCGCGAGGCUGAUGGAGGGCGGCCAGGAGGAUGACGAGACGGUCAGGGACCUAGGCCAGCUCACGAAGCUCCUGAACGAGGAUCUCGAGGCCAGCAAGACCAGCAAGUCGAUUUGUGCCGUUAUUGACGCCGACUGCCUUGACACCAUCCUGUGUUAUCUUGACAUGAGGAACUCCGAUGUCGUACGAGGUCAUGCGACUAUGACCACCUCGGCAUAUCUAAACGCUGCGGGGGAUGACGGCUCCGAGAAGAUGCGCAACUUCUUCCAGGACCGACUUAAGCGGGGAACAUAUGACGACUACAUCGUUGCCUUCUGCGUCGCCGCCACUAUAUUCCCCAUCGUCCCGGACCUGACAUCGGAGCUAUUCCUCAGCGAGGGCUUCUUACCUAGUCUGGGUCCAUUAAUGCGCCGCAAGUGGAAGAGCAGGAAGGUCGAGACCGCCUGUCUGGAGAUGCUCAACGCAGCCUGCAUGAACGGCCCAUGUCGGGAGGCUGUGCAGAAAUAUUGCAUCGAGUGGCUGGAGGAGGUUGUCGAUCAGGAUCCCGAGGACGCUGUGAAAUCCAUGUAUGCUCACAACACCGAUGGUUCGCACGUCGAGGAGGGCUCCGUCUCCAUGCGCAGGCAUUCAGAACAGGUUCAGCACUUGGCCGCCGUGAUUUUGGCGAAACUCCGGGCGAUACAACCCCUCAACGCACCGGGCACCAAGGAGAACGAGAGAGUGCAGCAGGCGAGCACCACGAUAGAAGAGCUGUCCAAGAUGUUCACGACCAUGUUGGUGAAGGACCCGGAGCACUCACGGCACAACUCGAUCGAGGGGCUGGCUUACGCCUCGUUGCGGCCGAGCGUGAAGGAAGAGUUAGCCAGUGAUAAGGAGUUCCUAAAGAGUCUCGUCAAGACGUUGGAAGGAGCCCCGCCAAAAUCACCACUCACGUAUGGAGCCUUGAGCAUCCUGGUGAAUCUCACAAGGUUCAGACCAGUGCAGUCGGAGGAAGAGAAGAAGAUGGAACAACUGAAGGCAUAUGCGAACGCGGCGGGGAAGCUUGCUCCGGAUCCUCUCAAUGACGACGAGCAUGUCAAGGAGCGGUGCAAGGCGGUAUUCGAGGCGGGCGUCACUCCUGUCCUUGUGACCCACAGCAAGAACGGCUCGGCUGCGUCCCUGUCCUUGAUCAUCACAACUAUCAAUUCUCUCUCCAUGCUCCAGACCAUACGUGGCCAACUCGCCCAACAAGGUGCCGUCCGCCUUCUUAUAGCGGCAUGGAAUGCCCUCCCCUCCACUGAAGCCCCAGCCAAACGUACCGCUGCUCAAGCGCUCUCCCGCAUCCUCAUUUCCACCAACCCUACCCACGUCUUUGGCGGCACGAGACCUAUUCCGCAGGCCGCCGCCAUCCGGCCCCUCACAUCCAUUAUCGCACCAGACCCCAACUCCGAUAGCAGAGAUCUCCUUCCUACUUUUGAGGCCCUCAUGGCACUCACCAACUUGGCCUCGACGGAUGACGAGACGCGACAAGCUAUAGUGCGGCAGGCCUGGCCAGACAUUGAGGAACAACUACUCUCGUCGAACGCGAUGGUGACCAAGGCGGCCGUCGAGCUGAUCUGCAAUUUGGUGCAAUGCGUGGAGGCCAUGGCUCUGUACGCGGACGGGUCCACAAAGGCCAAAGACAGGCUACACAUCCUCCUCGCACUCGCAGACGCAGAAGAUGAGGGGACCAGGAGUGGCGCGGGUGGUGCACUAGCCACGCUGACGGGGAUCGAGGAGGUGGUCAAUGCCAUUCUAGAACGUGAGCGAGGUAUCAAGAACAUCCUAGGACUGUGUGCGGACGGGAACAGCGAGGAACUGAGACAUCGUGGUGCCUUUGUGGUCUAUAACCUCGUCACGAUAGAAGGGGACGUGGGCCGGCGGUCGAGAGAGAAGAUCAGGGCCGAGGGAGGGAUCGAGAUCCUUACUCAGUGUGCGAAGGCUACAAGACGGCCAGAGGUGUUGGAUCUGACGGUUCAGGCUCUAAAGGGACUCUUGGAGGAGAACUAG